AUGGCUUCUAUUUGCACAAAGACUCAAAAGCUCAACACUGGCGCCUCAAUCCCUUCAGUUGCCCUUGGAUGCUGGCAAUCGUCUCCGGAGGACACAUACACUUCUGUUUUGGCCGCAUUAAAGGCAGGCUACAGACAUAUCGACACAGCUCAUGUGUACCGCAACGAGGCGGACGUGGGCAGAGCCAUCAAAGAUUCGGGGGUUCCUAGAGAAUCGCUGUUUAUCACUACCAAGCUCUGGAACACCAACCACAGAGACCCAUUGGCUGCUCUGAAUGGCUCGUUGGAGAGACUAGGCAUGGAUUACGUCGACCUGUACCUGGUGCACUGGCCUGUUCCCUUUGUUAAACCUUCGCCAGACGCCAAGGAUCAAUGGUUCCCGAAGGAUCCUAACAAUCCAGAAAAGUUCCACAACGACAAAGAUUGGGACUUCGUCAAGACGUGGGAACUGGUGCAACAGCUGCCUAAGGACAAGGCCCGGGCCGUGGGCGUGUCCAACAUGUCCAAGACAAAUUUGGAGAAGUUGCUGGCUGCGCCAACCACCAAGGUCGUUCCUGCAGCCAACCAGGUUGAAAUGCACCCAUUUUACCCGCGCCACCAGCUGCUCGAGUACUGCAAGCAGAAAGGCAUUGUUGUGGAGGCGUACUCGCCGCUGGGCAGUGCUGGGUCGCCGCUACUUAAGGACGAGGACAUUAUUGCACUCGCCGACAAGAAGGGCAUUUCUCCAGCCUGUCUGCUUAUCUCGUGGGCACUACACAGAGACACUGUCGUGCUGCCAAAGAGCGUGACUCCGUCGCGGAUCGAGGCCAACAUCAAGGUCGUCGACCUCGAUGACGAGACCGCCGACGCCAUCUCGGCACUCUACAAGACCAAGGGUAGAAGAAUUCUCAACGCAGACUGGGGUGUUCCCGUCUACAACGACGAGGAAGACAACUUUUAG